AUGUCAUCCGAGCUUGAAUCAUUGAAACAGCGUAUCACUGAACUUGAGACUAAUAAUGCCAAGCUUGAAGCUGAGAAAGCUGAGAUUGAGAUCAAAAAUGCUGAACUUCUAAAGCAGGUUAUAAAGAAAGAUGCUAAGCAUGAUGCUGAAAAUGUAAAACUUGGGGCUACAAUCGAGAAGUUGAAAUAUGAGAAUGCUGAACUUAAAGAUCGUAUCACAAAAGUGAAACAGAACCAGUUACAAAAUGACUCAGCCAAAGGCACUCAGGAUAAAAGAAAUAUUACCCCUAACAAUAACUUAUCUAACUUCAAUUUGGGUGCGGUCCAUCAUGAAAAAUUGUUAAAGGAGAAAGAGAUGGAUAAUUUCUUGCUUGAGGUUCAUAAGAUAAUUGUUAGUAAUGAAAUAAACCAUAGAAAGAAAGAUGUAGAAAACAUCGUACAAAUGAUAGCUGAUGGUAUUAAGAAAGAUACCCAAUUGACUCAAUUAUUUGAUAAAGCGGAUGAUGCUAAAUAUGGCGCAAUUCAACACCUAUUCAUGUUGCAAAAGCAACGAUCUGAAGAGACAGGAUUGCGUCUUCCAGAAAUCUCCCGUAAAAACUUACAAAGGAAAACUCAGAAAGCUUUGACUAAUGAUAAAGUUCAAGAUAUCAUAGAUAAUUUUUCCGAGCAUUAUGAUAAUGAUAACACUGAUGUGUCAAGUCACAUGACUGAGAUUUUAGCCGGGGGCCCUGGCCAAAAUUCAGUUGAGGUAAGCGAAUUAAUCGCACCUAUUCCUGUUACACAUGGCUCUAAUUCUUUAGGUAAUUCAUCAUUUACACUUCAAAUCACUCCAUCUGAGGCAGAGAAUAAUGUCGAUUAUGAUGAUGUGUAUUUUAAUGAUUCCAUGCCUUCGUCAAUAGAGAAAGAAACGAAUAAAGUUAAGAUAAAUGAUGAUAAAGAGAUGCCAGACGAUUCGGAUGAUGAUGGAUAUAAUAGUUACGGUGGAUAUAAUGAAUAUGGUGAAUGUGAUAGAGGUUAUUAUUAUCAUAACAGAAGAUACGAAAGAAAAAGCUCACCAAUGAUGAGUUCUAUUAUCUCUCCAGUAACCGUCUAG